AUAUUUGCAUACUGAAGUCAAGGAUAUGUUACACUCAUAUCGUUAGUUUGAUUCAGCCUUGUAUCGCAAAUACAAUUAAAUUCUGAUAAUCAUUAGCACACAAAGGUGAUGAUAAUCAUUAUUUUGAAGAACGCAAAAGUUACAAAGUUAUCAGUGUCGUCUGUGUAGUUUUCAAACUUUAGCAAUGACUCGUGUUUUCGCUAUUUUGGUUUUAAUAGUUUGCUGCGUUGUGGUUAAAUCAUCACCGAUUUGUUCACACCCCAAGUACCGUCUUUCUGGUAACGUGAAACCAACAUUCUACUCCAUCAAGAUCCAUCCAGAUCUAAAGGCUGAAGUCUUCACUGGUGAAGUGUUCAUACACAUAAAAGCGGAACAAUCAGUCGAGUUUAUCGAAUUUCAUCUAAAUCGUGAUUAUUUGACAAUAGAAAGCAUCUUCUUUGACUCGAAAAAAAUAUUCAAUAACUGUCACUGCAGUCUUCCUUCGGACGGCUAUGGAUACGAAUUUGCAGAGUCUGAACUCAUAAAGAUAGUGCGUGGUGGGAAAAAAUUGAUAGCACCUGGUGCUCAUAUCAUCUACAUUAAAUACGAAGGGAAAUUUUCAAAAACUACGGAAGGGCUUUUCAAAGUUGGGUGUAGCAAAAACGGUACUACUUUGAAUUAUUUAUUAGUGACUGAUUUUCAACCAACGUAUGCCCGAAGAGUCUUUCCUUGCUUCGAUGAGCCCGCUUUUAAGGCACGAUUUCAAGUCAAUUUGGUAGUACCUAAUCCAACCCACGUGGCGUUAUCUAACAUGAAACCAAUGAAAAUUUUUGAAACGUCUGCUGGCACUGUGUACAAAUUUGAAACCACACCACCAAUGUCUCCCUAUUUGGUGUCUUUUGCCAUAACGGAACCCUCCUAUUCCGAGUAUGAAGAUGACAAGUACACUCCUUACAGACUAUACGCGUUCAACGCUAGUAAUUACAAUGACACCAGACUUCUAGAGUUCUCUAGUCGGGUUAUUCGUUUCUAUUCUGACUACACGAAGUUUCCAUACAUGUUGCCCAAACUUGAUUUCAUUGGCUUUGAUCGGUUCGACAGCUCGGCCACAGAAAACUGGGGUUUGGUGACCUUCAACACCAGCCUUUUGUCACCCGAAAACGACGUUUACGACGACUAUCAAAAAAAGGCUGUCAUUGCUCACGAGCUGGCCCACUUCUGGUUUGGAAAUCUUGUGACCAACGACUGGUGGGAUGACAUAUGGCUACACGAAAGUAUUGCCACCUACAUGGGUUUGAAAGCCGAGGAAGUUAUUCUAGACAACCAAGCUACGAAAUACUUCCCCACCAUCUAUAUGGAGAAUCUUUAUUGGCUAGAACGAACCAAACUUACCACUCCGGUUGUCAACUUUCAAGAAAUUCCAAGCGAAGUGAGGAAAAAUUUUAACGAUAUAACGUAUAACAAAGGUGCUGCUGUUUUGCGAAUGCUGGAGGUUGUACUGAAGGAAAAAAUGCACGAGGUUUUUGUUCAAUUUGUAGCGAACUUUGCUUUCAAAACAGUUACUACUUCUGAUUUUAUUGAUACUGUGAUGAGGGUUACGUCAGAUGCGGGUGUUCGUGAAUUUAUGGAGAGUUAUUUGUAUCAAAAUCAGUUCCCUGUCAUUUUUGUUGACGAAGAUGGAGAUAAUUGGGUGCUAAGACAGGAAAGCUAUGGUUUUAAUCCUUCGCUGAAUCGUGCAGAUUUUUCUGCUAGACAUAGAUGGACGAUUCCAAUAUGGUACAUUACAGAUUGUUGCAAUAGUACCGUGACAUGGUUCUACAAAGAUCAGGAAACGUUAACUAUACCGAAAAAUAAUGCAACAUGGCUUAAACUAAACUAUCAACAAAUGGGUUUUUACAGAGUACGUUAUUGUGAUAGUUUAUGGACAGCACUUAUAGAACAUGAUAAGGAACUAGAACUAUAUGAAAGCAAUCACCUGGUGUUAGAAGCUAGUGGUUUAUUUGAAAUGGAUCUUCUUUCUUGUCAAACUGUCCUUGAGUACCUCUGGCAGUUAAGUAACGUCACCGACCAUGCGCAUUUUAAGUUAGAAUAUACUUUUCCAGCAUAUGUCAAAGUCAGUGACAUUAUAAAAAAAUAUGACAAAGAUGCGGCGCACUUGCUGACGAGAUUCUUUGGAAACAUACUAGAGAGGACCAACAGACAUCGUCUUGCGAAACGAUUUCUGGCUUCUGACACCUCACAGAGAGAAGGCCUUGUUACAUCCAAGGGAAGUAGUGUACCAAGAUCCGAACAAAUCGAAAAAUGCAUACAGUGGAUAAAAAAUGAAAGUCCCAACUAUUACUUUAAUAAUGCAGACGCAGAAGAAAUAACGAUGGAGUUGGAAAGUCCUCGAUAUCAGCGAUAGCUGUAAAACAAGUGAAUUGUCAUCCUAAUUUUGUACGUUUUGUUAUAUGUAGGUAUUAUACGUAGGUAUUAUACGUGGUAGCUAGACUAACGUAGAGAUUAUUUGCUGUAAAGUGUCAAUUAUAUGAAUUAUAUGUUUCUCAGAUUUGAAA